AUGAUAGACUCAUUUUCUUCUAGUGAAUCGCUAUUACUGCAAGCACUGCUGCUGUCGCUGCUGCUGCUGCUGCUGCUGUCAUUAUCGACCAUCAAAUUAACUCCUCCCAGCGAUGAUUGCGGAUUGCUUCGUAAAAAACUGGGAGAGUUGGUCAAAUCAUCACUCAAACUCCCCAACCUCGCCCGCAGUGUGUCAUCUCCAGGAAUGUUGUCCCCUAAUAAAAGCGUUCGUUUUGCAUCUCGAUUAGCCAACGUGAAGAUGUUUGACGGGAACGACUCUCCCAGCACGGUUGCGACGGCGGAAAACACCCCCUUGGGAUCACCACACCACGAAGAAAUGGACUCGUACUUCCAGUUGAAUUGGAACGACGAAGAAACCAGUUCAGAAGAGGAAAUUGACGUUGUACACCCUUAUCAAAUGAUAUCAUCCGAUGUAACUGGUGGAGAUAAGAAUAAAGUUGUCAAUUUAAAAGAGGUUUAUCUCGCAGAAGAUGAAUUGAUUGGCAAAAUUAUGGUUGAAAAUAUUGCAUUUGAAAAAAAAAUAUCAAUAAAAUUAACUUUUAAUAAUUGGAAAACAAAAAUUAUUAUUAAUAAUCAUAUCAAUUUUGUUAAAUCAAUUAAUAAUUUUGAUGAAUUUGAAUUUAAAAUCGAUUUAUCAAAUUUACCUUGCCAUAUAAAUUUAGAAAUGGUUGUCAGAUAUGAAGUAAAUAACCAGGUUUAUUGGGAUAAUAAUUUUAAUCAAAAUUACCACAUUAAAUUAUCAACAAAUAAAAAUUACAACAAUAAUCAAUUUGAUGAUUUGAUUAAUAAACUAAAUGAUUAUAAAAAUAAUCACGAAUUAGAUUAUAAAUUAGCAAAUACUAAUCCCAAAUCAGAAUUACACCAUCGCUAUAAUUUAUCAAAUGAGUUAAACACUCCUCGUUCUCCAUUAUCAAGACCUUUAAAAUACUCCAAUUCUUACAAAUCAAAACAAUCUACCACUACUUCUUUCAAUUCUAAAUCAUACUCUGACUUACUACAAAGUUAUUGUUUUUAUGGCGCUCCAGAGAAGAACUCUUUCAACUCGACCGCUUCAACUUUUCAUUCGUUGAGUGAUUCAAUUCAUAUUUAAUUCGCAUCUCUGCAUUUCCUUCUUUGCUUUAUUGCUAUUUCACUUUCUCGCUUGCAUUUUUUUUUCUUUGUUGAAAUGAUUGAUUCAUUUAAUAGAUAAACUCACGU